CACCACUAUUUGCUCUAAACUACCAUUUCCCCCUUUUUCCCUUUCUUCUCUUCUUCAACCCAACAACAACUCAAAACCCGCCGACGAUUUUUUAUUCUGAUUUCUACCCAACCAUGGAUUGGGUUCGAGGAGAUGAGAUUGGAUAUGGAAGUUUUGCUACCAUCAAUUUAGCCACGUCUUGUUCCGGUGAUCGAUUUCCUCCAUUGAUGGCCGUUAAAUCAUCUGGCCUUGUUUGCUCUGCCUCCCUCAAGAACGAGAAGCAAGUUUUGGAUCUUCUUGGUGAUGAUUGCCCACAAAUUAUUAGGUGUUUCGGGGACAGUUGUAGUGUUGAGAACGGUGAGGAACUUUACAAUCUGUUCCUCGAGUAUGCUAGUGGUGGAAGUUUAGCCGAUAGAAUACAGAGCCGCGGUGGUCGGCUGCCGGAAUUUGAGGUUCGACGGUACACGAGGACUAUUCUUGAAGGGCUUCGGUAUAUUCACGGAAAGGGAUUUGUUCAUUGCGAUGUUAAGCCUAGGAAUAUUCUCGUGUUUGGUGACGGUGAUGCUAAGAUUGCCGAUUUCGGAUUGUCGAAGAAGGCGGGAAAGAACAGAGUGGGAACAGGGGAAGAGACAGGGAAAUUUCAAUUGAGAGGUUCUCCUCUGUACAUGUCACCGGAAUCGGUCAACGAUAAUGAGUAUGAGUCGCCGUGUGACAUAUGGGCCGUCGGAUGCGCGGUGGUGGAGAUGUUGACAGGGAAGCCCGCGUGGAAUUGUCGGCCGGAAUCCAACGUGUUUGCUUUGUUAAUCAAAAUUGGGAUUGGAGAAGAAUUGCCGGAAAUUCCUAAAGAUCUAUCGGAAGAAGGGAAAGAUUUUCUCAAAAAAUGUUUGGUGAAGGAUCCAUUAAAGAGAUGGACGGCCGAUAUGCUUCUAAAACACCCAUUUGUGGCAGAGUCCGGGCGGUGUGUUCCAUUGGCGGGCGUGGAGGAAGUAUCAACGUCGCCAAGAUGUCCUUUCGAUUUCGAAGAUUGGGCAUCGAUUCAUUCACAAGAGAGCGAUCCUAGAAAUGAAGAGGAAGCAAAUUGUUGGUUGAAUAAUUGGUCGUGUUCUCCAAGGGAGAGGCUGCUUGAACUAGUGGGGAAUGGGGCAGUAGAGUGGUCGGUCACUGACAAUUGGGUCAGGGUCAGAUGAGUUGCAAGCACGGUUGGAUUACGGCCGUGAACGGAAAAGAGGGGAGGGAUAUUUUUGGGGUUGAAGAAAUUUUAUUUUAUUUCGAAAGAUCUUCAAUCAAAAUGAACGGUGGAGGAUUCAAUUGAUUCGUUGAUUAAAGGUUUGAUAUAAUUAGGAAAUUUGGUGGAGAUAGAUAGGUGCUGCUGCACACGGGGUUGAGUUGAGUUGAUGGAUGGAUACACCAAAUUGGUGGUCCAGUGUACAUAAAAACCUAUUUUUUCCUUCUUAUUCGAAAUAAUAUAUCAUUAUUACUUUCCAAUUAA